AAUUAUACUUUUUUAAUUGGAUUAUUAUUAUUUUUUUUUUUUCGAUGAAUAUUUAUGAUAAUUUUUUUUUUCGAUAAAAAAAACCAACAUGAAGAAUUUUUACGACCCCUGAAGAUUGAUUAAGAAUUGUCUUCACCCUUCCCUCCAAGAAUUUGAUGUAGCAUGUCUGUGAACAAAUAAAUAUCAAAAGUUUGAAUACUGUUACAAUAACACCAAUUGGUCCAGGAAUCAAGCCAUAUCCAUGUUACAAGUGUACUAGAAGUUACAGAAAUCGAUCAACUUUGAAUCGACAUCUACGUGAAGAAUGUGGAAAGGCACCACAAUGGAUUUGUCCAUUUUGUCAAAAGGCAUUCAAACAACGCUCAAAUUAUCAACGACAUGUCUGGACUGUUCAUGGACGAAGACGAUGGGUUUCUUCAAAUCAAAGAGGAACCGUGCCAAUGCACUGAAUGUCUUGAAUUUAAUGUUUCAACAUUAUGGAAUAUUCAAGAAAAACCAAUAAAACGUAGAUAUAAACGUCGUGGUGGUAAAAAAAAAACUAAAAAACCUAAAUCGACAAUUGUUGAAAUAACUUGUCUACCAAAAGAAAAAAAAAAAAAACGUGGUCCAUAUAAAAAAAGAAGUAGUGGUCCACCAGAAGGUUAUCAGUGUCCUAUAUGUGGAUAUAUGAGGAGAAAGCCAAAAGAUUAUCAUAAACGUUAUUGUGGAGUAUAUCGAUGUGAUGAUUGUGGAAAAGAGUACAAAUGGAUGCCAUCAUUAGUGAGACAUAAACGUGAAGGAUGUGGUAAAGCACCACAAUUUACAUGUUCACUUUGUCAUCAACAAUUUCGUAGAUUUUCCAGAUUACGUGAACAUCUUAUGAUUUUUCAUGUUACCAGAGGAAAAUUCAAAAAUCCAGCUUUCAUUUGUGAAUGUGGGAAGACAUAUAAAUGGGCACAAUCAUUGAGUCUACAUAAAAAAGUAUCAUGUGGUGGUAUACCACCACGUUACAAGUGUUGCAUUAAUAAUUGUGACAAAGCAUUUCGACAUAAGCAUCAUCUACAAAAUCAUCAAGCAGCAAUACACUUUAGACGUUUAAUUGCAACAGAUGUAUAUCCAUGUCGUCAAUGUGGAAAAAUAUUUAAUCAUAAAAAAACAAUGUGGAAUCAUACGAGAUUUUGUGGUAAAGAAAAACAACAUCAGUGUGAAUUAUGUGGUAAAAAAUUUCAACAAAAACAUCAUCUUGGAAAACAUUUACGUACUGUUCAUAAAUUUGAUCAAAUACAAAUUAAUUUAAUGACAAAUAAAGACAGAUGGAUUAAAAAACGUACAGGACCACCAAAGCUGCUAUCAAUAUCACGUAAAAAACCAGUUAAAAGAAUUGAAAUGGAUCCAAUAAUAAGUCAUCAUGGAAGAUUUGUUUGUAGUGAUUGUGGAAAAACAUAUAAAAAUUUUACAAGUUUAAGUCGUCAUUCACGUCUUGAAUGUCAAGUUUUACCUCAUUAUGCAUGUCCAUUGUGUGACAGACAAUUUCGCCAUAAAUUUGUCUUAACUGCUCAUAUUGAUAGUUGUCAACGUUCAAUUCCAUUUGAAGAAAAUGAUUUAUACGAACUUUGUUCGUCAGAUGUGAACACUGAUGAUGAUGAAGAAACUGAUGAUGAAAAUUUUACCCUCGAACUUGAAGAUGAUCCAGAUGAAGUACAAAAACAGAAGCAUUAUGUUGGCUUAGAAAUAAUACAAAAUAAAAAAUUAAAGAGAAAACGUUCAACACCAAAUAGUGAUAAAUCAAAUGUUUGUGGACAAUGUCAAAAGAAAAGUCCAGUUGAUUUUAAAAACCUUUAUGAAGGUGAUGGAAAUCCAAGAGGACCAAUUCGUUAUCCAUGUCUUUAUUGUGGGACAAAGUUUAAAUGGCAAUUUGAACUUGCUGAACAUAGGAAGAAUCCUUGUCAUAAUUUUCAAGAAGUUUGA